AACCUUUUAUGGGCCCUACUCAGCUGGGAUAUCAGCAUCUGCAUUAUAGCUCCCAUCUAUUCUUAGGUGGUAUCAGAGCACGACUGAACAGUGCCCUGUUGCUGCCUGUGAAAGUGGUACAACAUGGCUUACAGUGUGACUCUGAAUGGACCUGGACCGUGGGGCUUCCGACUGCAAGGGGGCAAGGACUUCAACAUGCCCUUGACCAUCUCCAGAAUCACCCCUGGCAGCAAGGCAGCACAAUCACAGAUGAACCAGGGGGACCUUGUCGUGGCUAUUGAUGGAGUCAACACUGACAGUAUGACCCACCUGGAGGCCCAGAACAAGAUCAAAUCAGCCAGCCACAACCUAAGCCUCACUCUGCAGAAGUCUAAACGUCCAGUGCCAGUUUCAACGACUGCUCCCAGAAUUGACUCUCCCAGGGCUGUAAUUCCCCAUCAGAAGGUCAUAACCAACACCGCUGCCAACACGGACUUCACGGAGCGUUUCAACCCCAAUGUCCUGAAGGACUCUGCCCUGUCUACCCACAAACCCAUUGAGGUGAAGGGCCUUGGCGGCAAGGCUACCAUAAUUCACGCGCAGUAUAACACCCCGAUCAGCAUGUAUUCCCAGGAUGCUAUCAUGGAUGCAAUUGCAGGCCAGGCACAAGCCCAGGGUGGAGAAUUUGCUGGUGCCCUCCCUAUAAAGGAUCCCCAUGUAGACAGUGCCUCUCCAGUGUAUCAGGCUGUGCUUAAAACUCAGAACAAGCCCGAGGAUGACAGUGAGGACUGGAGCCGUCGCUCUGCCAACCUGCAGUCCAAGUCCUUUCGCAUCCUUGCCCAGAUGACUGGAACCGAGUACAUGCAAGAUCCAGAUGAAGAAGCCCUGAGGAGGUCAAGAGACAAGGAAAACCUUGCAGCAGCAUCAGAAAACAGGCCUACAGGUACCGCGCAUGCGCCCCAGUAUGUGACCUCGAGUAUUUGGCAUCCUCCUAAGUCAUCCACCAGGGAUGCCAACACUGCCAAUGCUCAGCCAGUGGCCUCCAAGGGGUCUGUGAGGCUUGGAGCAGGUACAAGCCAGGGGGAGGCCGGUGUUGGCCAGAAAGCCCCUCUUGCUUCAUCCAGUAACCAAAGUACCCCUGUUGAGCAUGCCCCGGUGGCUCCCAGUCCUGCUGCUCCUGCACCACAUGCUUCAGCACCUCAGCCUGCUACUGCUGCUCCAAACACAGCCAGCCUGAUGACAGCACCAGCCACCACCUCAGUAGUGCAAGAGUCUUUCUCGUCCUCCUUCCAAAGAGUUCUUGCAGCCCCCAGCUCACUUUCCCAGCCUAAGCCUUUCCAUGGGCCCAAGAACAUGUCAUUAGCAGCUUCCACUAUUUCAUCUGCUAUUUCAUCUCAGUCUAGUUUCAACCGGCAUUCUUCCACCUCCAUCAGCUACCAGUCAAAGCAGAGAAACACAAUCCAGUCAUAUACACCAAUGCCAGUUUCUGGAAGCUACAGUGAAAGUCCUGCUUCUUCUGCUGCUUCAAAAAGAGUUGUUACUACUGCCAGCAUAAAGCCCUCUGUCUACCAGCCAGCGCCAGCACCAGUUCAUUCCUACACCCCUGCCAACACGGAGCCUGCGAGUCGCCCUCCCUGGGUAACAGAUGACUCCUUUUCCCAGAAAUUUGCACCUGGAAAAUCCACCACCACUGUCACAAAGCACAUCCUACCAAGGGGUGCUCCAGUGCCAUCUCCUGCCACGAUUUCUGCUUACCCGUCUCCAGUUUCAACUUCUUCCCAGCCCCCUGCAUUAGCCCGGGGGACAGUUCAGAGGGCGGAGCGUUUUCCUGCCAGCAGCCGAACUCCUCUCUGCGGGCACUGUAACAGCAUCAUUCGAGGUCCUUUCCUGGUAGCCAUGGGGCGCUCUUGGCACCCAGAAGAAUUCAAUUGUGCUUACUGCAAGACAUCCUUGGCUGAUAUGUGCUUUGUGGAGGAGCAGAACAGUGUGUACUGUGAGCGCUGCUAUGAACAGUUCUUCGCACCAACCUGUGCCAGAUGCCACACCAAGAUUAUGGGGGAAGUGAUGCAUGCCCUAAGACAGACUUGGCACACAAGUUGCUUUGUCUGUGCUGCUUGUAAGAAGCCAUUUGGGAAUAGCCUGUUCCACAUGGAGGACGGGGAGCCUUACUGUGAGAAAGAUUAUAUUGCUUUGUUCAGCACAAAAUGUCAUGGCUGUGAUUAUCCUGUUGAAGCUGGAGAUAAAUUCAUUGAAGCUCUUGGACACACUUGGCAUGACACCUGCUUCAUUUGUGCUGUAUGCCAUGUGAAUUUGGAAGGUCAGCCAUUCUACUCCAAGAAGGACAAGCCACUAUGCAAGAAGCAUGCCCAUGCCAUCAAUGUUUAAAAGAAGAGUUGGUAGUCAGUAAUGCUGGGGUAAAACAGAUGACUAACAGGGCAAUCGUAACGUUGAUAACCAUGGCUAGCGCUUCUCUCGGUAAAAGCUAGACGUUGGUACUUCUCAAGUUUAACUUUAUCCUCUUUCACAAAUGCAGAACAUGCUUUUUGCAAAGCUCGUACAAACCCUACUGAAUGAGCAGUCAAAACCAAAUGAACUCAUGAACUAGUCCAUUAUUAUAGCAACAGUUGGGGGAAAUAUUGAAAUUAACUAAAAACCCUAUUAUAAAAAGUAAUGUGCAAAUACAGUUUCAAGUUAACUACCCACAGCAGUUUUACUGCUUAGUCCACACACUGGUGUUUAAUAAGAACUGGAAAAAUACUUCUGUAUUAAGUCAUUUCUUUCACAGCAAGAAUGAGUAAGUGCCAUAUGUACAGUCAUCUGUAGAACCAAAGGCUGUAGCUUUCAAAGGGAAAUAAAUAGAUUAGGGCUUCCUCUAGGAAAAGUGAGUGCUGUUCCAUUAUGUUGUGGUGCUACCUCAUAGCAUCAGAUAUUUUAGAUUCUUUCCAAAUAAUAAGUCUGCCUUGAAUCCAUAUGUUGCUGGGAAGCCUAGGUGACAAUCCAUAACAAUUUGAAAAUAAAAUGGUUGGGUCAACCUUGCUAGUGCACUUGGCUUCUAUGUGCACAGUAGAUAAUUCACUUUCAAAUCGUAAUGGAAAAGGACAACUGGCUUUCUCCAAAUUGCUCUUGCAUUGAAUGGAAUAGAGCUGACUGGAAAGGCCAGCUUUUAAUUCAAAACCAUUUUCCUUUCCUCCUGUGGAAAAAAAAAGAGAUUCAAUCUUGUUUUGGUUUCUAAUUCCCACUGAUAUCAGAGGGAGGUAGGAACUUACGUCUGGACCUUCACACUGAUGAACACAGAAGAAACACAUCCAUCUAGCACAGCUAGGCGGGGGGAGACAGCUUACAAAAAUUCCCUCCUCUAUCCCACAUAAUUAGGAAAAAGGCUUUUUUUUUUUCCUAUAGUAAAUGUAUGUGUAUCAAAAAUCUGUAAGGCAGCAGGCACAUACUCUUUAUUCCUUUCCUUACUUUAAAUGUAGCACAUCAUGAAUUGUAGCAGUAUUUGCUAUUGGAAAACAGUAGCUAUGUUCCAACAAUUAGGAUAACCAUACAGUCAUCUUUUCUACUAACUAUACGUGCAUCUAUCCUAAUAGCUUGAGAACAGCUUUUAAGUUCUUGAGACAGUUAUUGAUAAAACUCUUUUUCUCAAAUAAGCAAUACUUGUAGUACUGAUAAUACUUUUGAAUUUUUGAAUAUGGGAGACAGCAGUUCUGUCUGGUGGAGUUAAGAUGGAAAGUCUGAUCACUGUUCAAGCUUUAUUAACUCAUUUAAGUGAGAAUUAUGAUGUGUGCUUGCAGUACUGAGAGUUUUGAAUAAGUACUUCUGAGGCUGAGGAUGCUUUCUGUGGGCCAUAUGCUGGUGUCAUCUGCACCUAUUUUACCUUGUGUUCUGAGUAGCAAAAAAUUACAUAACCUUGUCUGUCUUGUCCCUCCCAUGGGUAAUGCCCAUUUCAUUUGUGUGUCUUUUAAGGGAUGAAAAAUUAUCCAAAGCUUAGGGGAGGAAUAAAUGAAAUUUGGAGUUCUAAAAUAAGAGUUAAGUUAGCUGCAGGCAGUCUGCAUCUUGGACAAAAGUAACAACCUGAACUGCCUGUGGCAGUUUUGACAUGUAUGACCUGUAUUUAGUCAGUAGGUAUCUUAGUUUUCACUGAUCUUAGCAGUGAUCUGAUCUGAGUUGCUACAGGGUCAGAUUUUUGUAUGCAUGAAUUAUUCUAAAACAGUAGUACAUUAUAUGCAAAGCCUUUUUUUGUUUGUUUGUUUUGGGUUUUUUUCUGUAAGCAAGCAAAUUUUCUGUUUUCAGUCGGUGCUGGGCUGGUGUGACUAUGGUUCCAUAGAUUACAAAAUCCAAAUAUCUGGCUCAUACUAUUCUCCAGAGGAAUUAAUCAUAAUUAUGGAAGUUAAAUAUUUUUUCCACUCCUAUUUGACUUCAUUAAAUACAUAUUCACUACAGUGAGAAAAUUCAACAUUUCAUUUUUCAGUGCCAUUCAACAAAGUACUAUUUAUUAUUAUCUGUUAUUUGAGAGAAUUCACAUCAGCAUACUCUGCUGAGACUGCUUUGAAGAUACUCUUUAGGCAGAUUUGUGUCAGUGUUGGCCACUGACUGAGACUAAUCUCUGACUGCAACAUCAGAACAGGGAAUCAGGCUCCGUGGGAAGGGCUUGUGAUGGAUGCCUCGGGAGAAUUUCAUGAGGUCUUUCACCUCUGAUCUGCAUGUGUUUAUAUGUGUGUGCCUCAUUCUCCCCUCCACCUUCCCCCUCAAUGUCCCUAUAAGCUUCCUCUUGGCUGGCAGCGUGGAGGAUAAAUCAUUUUAGGAUCUGGCCGGAGGUGUUGGGCUGCAGCUGAGGGAGUGCAGUGUGUGGAGAGCUGCUGGCAGGCAGCCUGGCUGGGGGGCUGUGGGAAACGGGGCAGGGGAUGGGGGGCUGGGAUGGCACAGGGAGAGCACCUGAGGCUGUCAGAAUGCAGGGGCUCUGCAGGCCUCUGGCUGAGUGGCACUGAGGAGAUGGGGAGCCCUUCCUGGGGCCGGGCUCGGAGCAAAGAAUAGCCAGGUAAGGGCACUUUCACCACGCUGGCAUGGCAGAGAGUUGGGUGGGGCAGGGGAGGCUGGGUAGGGGGCACCAGGAUCACUACAGUCAGGAUGAGGGCUUCAAGUAAGAAAUUAGGGUACAAGAAGCUCCCAAUAACCCAGAGAGAUGGUUUGGAUACAUACAGAGGGGUGAGCAAGGAUCCAAUCUGGUAAAUCUGAAGUCUGGACUGCAGGGAAGGGAAUGCAGUGUACGUGAGCAGAGCUGAGCUGGCUUGCAGGGUGGCAGCAGUGAAGUGCAGCAGCACGGACUUCAGUGGGAGCUGUACUGGCUUGAGAAAGUCCUGAAAAAUUCCUUGGGCAGAGAACCUGCACUGUAGCACAUGUCCUGACUCCAGCUGGUGUCUGAAAAAGUGAAAUUAAAGCUAGUUUACAUAUCACUGUAUGAGGUACAGCAAUAUCUCUGAAUGAAGAACAGAGAUACCCUGAGGAUUAUCAUGUAAUAAAAAUUUCCUGUUAUGACUUGUGCUGCUUCAUAAUGUGGUCCAAAAAUAGGGAAUCCACAUACCCGCCCUUGAUAUCUAUAUUAAGAUAUAAUUUUUGCACAUUAUCUGAACCAGAAAUUUGUGAAUAGUAAUGUAGCAUUUUAACUUUCACAGAGGUAGAAUACCACAUAACUGCUGAUACUCCUCUGCUGCAUCACCUUUGUGAUAUGGAGAUGGUAAAAUGCUUAUUUAUAUAAUAAUAUAUAUCUCUGAAAUUCAAAAUAUGACCUUUUAACUAUCACGGAAAAUAAUGUUGUACAAAAAUAUGCAAGAUGAAUAAUGUGUACUUGAUAGUGUUUUAUGUCUUGUAAGAGAUGCCUGAGAUAAGUCCUAAGUUCUUCUGAAUACUUCUCUUCAUUCUAAUUAAUGUGAGGUUUUACACAAUAAAACAAAGAUACUGUACCUCUGAAUGAUCAAUUGAAAAGAUCAGUCUUUUGUCUAACUAAAAAGUGUUCAAUAACUUUUCCAUCAAUGGAUUCAAAAGCUUUUUUUAAUGCUUUUCUCUCUUUUGGUGUUCUUUUUGCAGAACAGGGCAAAAUUAAGUGUUUCCAAAUAAGGUUACUUUUAUUAUCUGGACAAAAAAAAAAGUCUUAGGACUUUUUUUUCAUUAGUUUUCACUAUAUUGGAUUCACAAGUUACACAAUUCUCAAUUAUAAAAUCAAUUCAAAACAAGGAAAAAUAUUUUUCCAUUGGUCCUUCAAUGGUCAGUACUUUGUGUGAAAUGUUUUGCUGAAGAUUACUUUUAUUUAUGUUUAAUAAUGUGAAUGUCUACAGCACUGAACACAUUCAUUAGUGUCUAAUGCUGGGCACACUAAUGGUUUUUGCAAUACUCCUCUCCAGGUAGUGGAUAUUAAUUUGUUUAUAAACAUCAGAAUUUGAAACUGAGUGAUUUAUUGCCUGCAGUGAUCAUAUAUUAGAAGUCUAGUUUUUAUAAUAUUUUGACAUGUUGACUUUAUGCCACAAGUGCCCUUGCUUUUGGAUAGAUAUUUUUUCCUAAGUUUCUAGUUAUUUCAGAACUGAAUGUCUGGUGGUUUAUGAGAUGUGAGUAAUUACCUUGCAUGGAUUAUCUGUGCCAACAUGAAUAAAACAAUCUAGUAAUAAUAGCAAUGUGCAAAAACAUUUAAAGCUUUAUGAUUUGGGUAUAUUUAUUAAUAUGCCAUGUGAACAGCUGACAGCUUUCAGCCAUGUAAUAUCAGUAAGAAAGUAUACACAAGCUUGUACUCUCUACUUCAGACCUGAAAAUAAAAGUUAAAAGCAUUGGUUUCACCUUUA